AUGGAGAACUACCUUCUCAUCGCUACUUUGAUCAGCACAAGUCUUGUAUUUGCUUGCUACAUUGUUCUCAUGGUGGGAGAAACAUGUUCUCGAGACAUUAAUGACUGUGACAUGGGAUUGCAGUGCAUAGAAUGCAACUCGAAAAAUCGGUGUACACGAAUUCGAACUAUAAGUCCUAUUUUAAGGGUGAAGGAUCUUCCAUUCAACCAAUACUCAUGGCUUACAACUCAUAACUCAUUUGCAUGGAGGGGAGUGAAUUCAAGCAUCGGUUUUCCAAUUUUGGCCAUCACGAACCAAGAAGAUUCCAUUACAGAUCAACUCAAGAAUGGUGUAAGAGGAUUGAUGUUGGACAUGAAUGAUUAUAAAGAUGAGAUUUGGCUAUGUCAAGGGAUGUGCUCUAGAUAUACAGCUUUUCAACCUGCGAUUCAUGUUCUAAAAGAGAUAAGGGCAUUCCUUGAAACACGGCCAACACAAAUCAUCACCAUUUUCAUUGAGGAUCAUGUAACAUCGCCAAAUGGUGUGAAUAAAGUUUUCAAUGCAGCUGGGCUGAGGAAAUUUUGGUUUCCAGUGUCGAAAAUGCCGAAAAACGGUGGUGAUUGGCCAACAGUGAAAGAAAUGAUACGAAGGAAUCAUCGUUUGAUUGUGUUCACUUCAAAUGCUACUAAGGAGGAUUACCAAAGAAUUGCGUUUGUGUGGAAUUAUGUUGUAGAAAAUCAUCAUGGACAUGAUGGCAUGAAAAGAGGUUCUUGUUCAAAUCGAGCUGAAUCACUUCCACUGAACACAACAACAAAGUCAUUGGUCUUAAUGAACUACUUUCGAAAUGUCAAAAAUUCUAAGGAAGCAUGUAGGGAUAACUCUUCUCCUUUGCUCACCAUGAUGAAUAUGUGCUUCACUGCUGCAGGUAAUCGAUGGCCUAAUUAUGUUGCUGUUGACUUUUACAAGAGAAGUGACGGUGGUGGAGCUCCUGAAGCAUUAGAUGUGGCAAAUCAAAACUUGCUUCAGACAUAA